AUGGGCAUUUGGUGGACACUUUGCUUUUUAAUUUUCCUGGACAACACCUGGGGACAGGAACAAAUCUAUGUUAUUUCAACACCGAAAGUCUUCCAGGUCGGAGCAUCUGAAAAUGUUGUAAUUCAAGCCCAUGGCUACACCGAAGCAUUUGAUGCGACAAUCUCUUUAAGAAGUUAUCCUGACAAAAAUAGGACCUACUCUUCAGGCUAUGUUAAUUUAUCUCCAGAAAAUAAAUUCCAAAAUUCGGCAGUGUUAACAGUUCAGACCAAACAGUUGGGUGAAGCACAAAGCUCAUAUUCAUAUGUGUAUUUGGAAGUUGUGUCGAACAUUUUUCAAAAUCAGAAAAAAAUGCCAGUCCUCCAUGACAAUGGCUCUCUCUUCAUCCACGCUGACAAGCCUGUCUACACACCACAGCAGCCCGGUAGA